UCUUUUCCCUUCCCAAGACGACGGGGGCAUUGGGGUGCGCGCAGUCGUUGAUGCCGCUGCACAGUGUCGUGGCGGUGACUCAUCUCACCUCCCAUAUCGCAGCAGAGGCGCGCGCUUGUUGCGAGUUGUCUCAGGGUACUUAAGUUCACUGCUGGUGCUUCAUUGACAGGGUUAGAUGCUCGUCUUUUGGGACUGUUUUGAAGGAUUCGUGACAAGUGGAAUUUGUAAGAUCUGACUCAGCAUUCCAGACACCACAAUUAUUUUAUCUCAAAGAAGCUUCAGCAUCAAAGCUGCUUUCGUCACAGCAUAUAUGUGGGAAAAACUGAGGAGCAGACACCACAAAUUCUUCAACCCCCCCCUGAGAAACUUCCUCAAUUAUUCCAUCCAAAGCCGAAAUGGUUUCCCAGAUUGAAGAAGGAGAAGCAAAAGAUGUAUCAAUCAACAACAAUCGGGAUGUUGAAUCAAAAACUCCGAGCAACGACGAAAACCGAACUGGAGAAGAUGAUCUGAGGGAUUGGUUGAGUCUAGGCCUCAACAGAGAUGAGAUUCCCACUGAAGGAGACUCUGAUAUUCCUCCAUCAAAACCUGCACAUAACAAGGUGUUCUCAUGUAACUUCUGCAUGAGGAAGUUUUACAGUUCACAGGCCUUGGGAGGUCACCAGAAUGCACACAAAAGAGAAAGAGGAGCUGCUAAGAGAUUCCACUCUCAGAGAAUGAUGAUGACAUCAAUGGGAUUUCCUUUCAGAUCCGUGUCGGUCCGGUCGUUAGGGGUCCAACCUCACUCACUCCUGCACAAGCCAAGCAGAGAAGGGUCAAGUGUGGUGGCAAGAUUUGGUGAUUCCAGUACAGGAUUUGGUAUGGCAUGUACACCCUUCAUGCUUGAGGACGCCAUGGAUUUGAUUUGGCCGGGAAGCUUUCGCGUCGACAGAUUACCAAAAGAACCAUCAGAUUUGCAAAAGCUUGAUUUAAAUCUUCGGUUGUAAUUGUGCUAAUCAUGACUUCUUUUUUUACUCCCGUUUGCUAUGUAUGUAACAAGUCUAUGUGCUCAUCCAUCAAAUAAAGAGACGAAUUGACGUUCGAAAGCCUCAGGAGAUGGUUCCUCCAUUGCAGUAACAAAGAGAUUGAUUUGAUUUAUAAGGAGAUCAU